AAUCUCGAAAAUCGAACGCUUAUCUGUCAAACAUAUAUGCACCUACUACCGAUAGUGCGUUUGACAUUUAAUUAGUUUCUGUUUUUCCCAAGUAACAAAUGCAAUAAAAUAAAUAUCAACACAAAAAAAUAUAUAGGAAUUUUAAAAAUAUUAUUAAAUUCGUCAUGCUUGUUUUAGUAUUGGGAGAUUUACACAUUCCACAUAGAUGUAGUAGUCUUCCAAGUAAAUUUAAGAAAUUAUUGGUGCCUGGUAGAAUACAACAUAUUCUAUGUACAGGUAAUCUUUGUACAAAAGAAUCAUAUGAUUAUUUGAAAACAUUAGCCAGUGAUGUUCAUGUUGUUAGAGGAGACUUUGAUGAGAAUUUAAAUUAUCCAGAACAAAAAGUAGUCACUGUUGGUCAAUUUAGAAUAGGUUUGUCGCAUGGACAUCAAGUGGUACCAUGGGGAGAUCCAGAAUCAUUAGCUUUAAUUCAAAGACAAUUAGAUGUUGAUAUUUUAAUAUCAGGCCACACACAUAAAUUUGAAGCAUAUGAGCAUGAAAAUAAAUUUUAUAUUAAUCCUGGUUCUGCAACAGGGGCAUAUAAUCCUCUUGACACGUCAGUUAUUCCAUCUUUUGUUCUAAUGGAUAUUCAAAGUUCAACAGUUGUAACUUAUGUCUAUCAACUUGUUGGUGAUGAAGUAAAAGUUGAACGAAUUGAAUACAAAAAGAAUUAAAAUACAU